AUGUGCUUCUGUCUGAAUUUAGUCAUUUUGCAGUUAGCGAAUCAACUUGAAAUAAAUGAUUCUCUACGGAACAAAGACAACGACGACAACAACAACAACAUUGGUGUCGAAAUUCAGCAACAAAAUUUACCUCCAACAAACGAUGAUAAUCUGCUUCCCAUCACAAAAUUGACAAAAAUCAUGGAACGUGCUCUUCCACAACACGCACAAAUUUCUGAUGAUGCUAAGGAAGCAAUGCAAUUGUGUGUGUCUGAAUUUGCGAGGAUCAUCAUGAACGAGGCUAAUAAGCGAUGUAAGAUAGAACGUCGAAUGAUUGUUAAUUCUGAAGAUUUAAUAAGGGCUGUGAAAAUGUUGAAAUUUGAGCACUAUGCAAAGCCUCUAUUUAAUUUCUAUCAAAACUAUCGCAGUGGUAGUAGCAGUGGCCAACGUUGA